AUGUCUGAACCACGCAACCUUAUCCUCACGUGGACUGGAGAUGACUUCAAAUCGAACACGCCGCCGCCCAAUGUUGCUCAUGUUUGUCAUGAAGCGCGAGAGGAAACGUUGAAGCAGUACGAACUUACUUUUGCCUCGCGAGGACGACGUGCUCGGAUUCUCUUCGGUUUCUCCAAAGACACGCUGUACAUCACCGAUGACGCUCUCAUCAUACUGCUACCUCAGAGUUCGGGUCGUAUCCAACGGCUGAAGCACUUUCGCAAUGACAAUUUCAUGGCACAGAAAUGCAGUUCAUGA